GAAGAGGAUAUGGAAAAGGACAAUACAACUUUGCUGACAGAGUUUGUUCUCACCGGACUCCCUCAUCAUCAAGAGUGGCAAAUCCCCCUGUUCCUGUUUUUCCUUGUGAUAUACCUCAUCACCAUGGUGGGGAACCUUGGUCUGAUUUCUCUGAUCUGGAAGGAUGCUCACCUCCACAUCCCCAUGUACUUUUUUCUUGGUAAUUUAGCCUUUGUGGAUACUUGGAUAUCAUCCACAGUGACCCCAAAUAUGCUGGUCAAUAUGUUAGUCAAGAGCAAAAUGAUCUCUCUCACUGAAUGCAAGAUUCAAUUCUUUUCCUUUGCAGUCAGUAUAACUACAGAAUGUUUUCUCCUGGCAGCAAUGGCUUAUGAUCGCUAUGUAGCCAUAUGCCACCCUUUACAUUAUCCAGUGAUUAUGACCAAUAGACUAUGCAUACAUCUAGUAGUUUUGUCAUUUGUAGGUGGCUUUCUUCAUGCCAUACUUCAUGAAAGUUUUUUAUUGAAAUUAACCUUCUGUAAUUCCAACAUAAUACAUCACUUUUACUGUGACAUUGUAGCAUUGCUAAAGAUCUCCUGUACUGAUCCUUCUAUUAAUUACCUAUUAAUUUUUAUUUUCUCUGGUUCAUUUCAAGUUUUCAGCAUUGUGACUAUACUCAUCUCUUAUACGUUUGUUCUCUUUACAAUUUUAAAAAAGAAGUCUGAGAAGGGUGUAAGAAAAGCCUUCUCCACCUGUGGAGCCCAUCUCUUUUCUGUAACUUUAUACUAUGUCCCCCUUCUCUUCAUGUACGUACAUCCUGCAUCUUCACAAGCAAAUGAUAAAGAUAUGAUCUUUUCUGUCUUUUACAUGGUUAUAAUUCCUGUUUUAAAUCCCAUUAUCUAUAGCCUGAGAAACAAGCAAGUCAUGGAUUCACUGACAAAAACCUUAAAGGGAAAUGUUUAG